AUGCCACAUGAAUUGGAAAAUGAAAUGAAAGAACCACCAAAUCUAAUCGAUGAAAAGUUAUUAGAUCGAAUUCAAGGAUCUAUAAUAGCUAUGGCAAUAGGUGACGCUCUUGGUGCACAUGUGGAAUUUCGACCUCAUGGAUAUCUGAUGGCUAAUCCAGUGAAAGAUCUCGAAGGUGGAGGCACGUGGGGUCUUAAGAAAGGACAGGUAAUGUGA